AUGGUGAGAAGCCUCCCGUCGGGCUCAUCUCAGCCCCCCGUCGCCCACAUUUUCAGCUUCCCGUCGCCCACAUUUCAGCUUCCCGUCGCCCACAUUUCAGCUUCCCGUCGCACGCAUUUCAGCGGCCCGCGGCACGCAUUUCAGCUUCCCGUCGCACGCAUUUCAGCUUCCCGUCGCACGCAUUUCAGCUUCCCGUCGCACGCAUUUCAGCUUCCCGUCGCCCACAUUUCAACUUCCCGACGCCCACAUUUCAGCUUCCCGUCGCACGCAUUUCAGCUUCCCGUCGCACGCAUUUCAGCUUCCCGUCGCACGCAUUUCGCGGCCCGUCGCCCUCGUAUCCAAUAUUUCGAGACGCCCACACUUCCCGAGUCUGGUCGCCCUCCAUUCCCUUCCCGAGAACCCUCAUUACCGGACCCGUCGGCCACAAAUCCCUUCCCGUCGCCCCAUUUCCCUUCCCGUCGCACUCACUUCCGUUCCCGUCGCCCUCGUUUCCCUUCCCGUCGCCCACAUCACCCUUCCCGUCGCACUAAUUUCCCGUCCCCUCUCACACAUUUCCACCCCGUCGCCCUCCCCUCAUUUCCCCUCUCGUCGCCCUCGUUUCCCUGCCCAUCGCCCACAUUUCGCUACCUGUUGCUCACAAUUCCCUACAUCCCCCCUUCCUCCCAUCCGCCCUUCCCCUCGUCCGCCCUUCUCUCACAUCCUCUCUCCCUCUCAUCCGCCCCUCCUGUCGUCCUCAUUUCCACUCGUCAUCCCUACCCUUCUUUCGCCACGCGCCCUCAUCCGCCCUCCCCCUCAUCCGCCCUCCCCCUCGUCCGCCCUCCCUCUACGGGGGCCUUCUUCUCGUCCUCCCUCCCCCUCAUCCGCCCUCCCCCUCAUCCGCCCUUCAUCUCAUCCAACCUUCAAUGCAUCCCCCCUUCCUCUCAUCCUCCUUUCCUCUCAUCCAACCUUUCUAUCAUCCCCCCUUCCUCUCACCCUCCUCUCCUCUCAUCCGCCCUUCCUCUCAUCCUCUCACCUUCUUAUCGUCUCUCCCUCACAUCCUCCUUUCUCUCAUCCACCCUUCUUCUCGUCCUCCCUCCCCAUCAUCCGCCCUUCCCCCCAUCCGCCCUUCAUCUCAUCCGCCCUUCCCCCCAUCCGCCCUUCAUCUCAUCCGCCCUUCCCCCCAUCCGCCCUUCAUCUCAUCCGCCCUUCCCCCCAUCCGCCCUUCAUCUCAUCCGCCCUUCCCCCCAUCCGCCCUUCAUCUCAUCCGCCCUUCCCCCCAUCCGCCCUUCAUCUCAUCCGCCCUUCCCCCCAUCCGCCCUUCAUCUCAUCCGCCCUUCCCCCCAUCCGCCCUUCAUCUCAUCCGCCCUUCCCCCCAUCCGCCCUUCAUCUCAUCCGCCCUUCCCCCCAUCCGCCCUUCAUCUCAUCCGCCCUUCCCCCCAUCCGCCCUUCAUCUCAUCCGCCCUUCCCCCCAUCCGCCCUUCAUCUCAUCCGCCCUUCCCCCCAUCCGCCCUUCAUCUCAUCCGCCCUUCCCCCCAUCCGCCCUUCAUCUCAUCCGCCCUUCCCCCCAUCCGCCCUUCAUCUCAUCCGCCCUUCCCCCCAUCCGCCCUUCAUCUCAUCCGCCCUUCCCCCCAUCCGCCCUUCAUCUCAUCCGCCCUUCCCCCCAUCCGCCCUUCAUCUCAUCCGCCCUUCCCCCCAUCCGCCCUUCAUCUCAUCCGCCCUUCCCCCCAUCCGCCCUUCAUCUCAUCCGCCCUUCCCCCCAUCCGCCCUUCAUCUCAUCCGCCCUUCCCCCCAUCCGCCCUUCAUCUCAUCCGCCCUUCCCCCCAUCCGCCCUUCAUCUCAUCCGCCCUUCCCCCCAUCCGCCCUUCAUCUCAUCCGCCCUUCCCCCCAUCCGCCCUUCAUCUCAUCCGCCCUUCCCCCCAUCCGCCCUUCAUCUCAUCCGCCCUUCCCCCCAUCCGCCCUUCAUCUCAUCCGCCCUUCCCCCCAUCCGCCCUUCAUCUCAUCCGCCCUUCCCCCCAUCCGCCCUUCAUCUCAUCCGCCCUUCCCCCCAUCCGCCCUUCAUCUCAUCCGCCCUUCCCCCCAUCCGCCCUUCAUCUCAUCCGCCCUUCCCCCCAUCCGCCCUUCAUCUCAUCCGCCCUUCCCCCCAUCCGCCCUUCAUCUCAUCCGCCCUUCCCCCCAUCCGCCCUUCAUCUCAUCCGCCCUUCCCCCCAUCCGCCCUUCAUCUCAUCCGCCCUUCCCCCCAUCCGCCCUUCAUCUCAUCCGCCCUUCCCCCCAUCCGCCCUUCAUCUCAUCCGCCCUUCCCCCCAUCCGCCCUUCAUCUCAUCCGCCCUUCCCCCCAUCCGCCCUUCAUCUCAUCCGCCCUUCCCCCCAUCCGCCCUUCAUCUCAUCCGCCCUUCCCCCCAUCCGCCCUUCAUCUCAUCCGCCCUUCCCCCCAUCCGCCCUUCAUCUCAUCCGCCCUUCCCCCCAUCCGCCCUUCAUCUCAUCCGCCCUUCCCCCCAUCCGCCCUUCAUCUCAUCCGCCCUUCCCCCCAUCCGCCCUUCAUCUCAUCCGCCCUUCCCCCCAUCCGCCCUUCAUCUCAUCCGCCCUUCCCCCCAUCCGCCCUUCAUCUCAUCCGCCCUUCCCCCCAUCCGCCCUUCAUCUCAUCCGCCCUUCCCCCCAUCCGCCCUUCAUCUCAUCCGCCCUUCCCCCCAUCCGCCCUUCAUCUCAUCCGCCCUUCCCCCCAUCCGCCCUUCAUCUCAUCCGCCCUUCCCCCCAUCCGCCCUUCAUCUCAUCCGCCCUUCCCCCCAUCCGCCCUUCAUCUCAUCCGCCCUUCCCCCCAUCCGCCCUUCAUCUCAUCCGCCCUUCCCCCCAUCCGCCCUUCAUCUCAUCCGCCCUUCCCCCCAUCCGCCCUUCAUCUCAUCCGCCCUUCCCCCCAUCCGCCCUUCAUCUCAUCCGCCCUUCCCCCCAUCCGCCCUUCAUCUCAUCCGCCCUUCCCCCCAUCCGCCCUUUAUCUCAUCCGCCCUUCCCCCCAUCCGCCCUUCAUCUCAUCCGCCCUUCCCCCCAUCCGCCCUUCAUCUCAUCCGCCCUUCCCCCCAUCCGCCCUUCAUCUCAUCCGCCCUUCCCCCCAUCCGCCCUUCAUCUCAUCCGCCCUUCCCCCCAUCCGCCCUUCAUCUCAUCCGCCCUUCCCCCCAUCCGCCCUUCAUCUCAUCCGCCCUUCCCCCCAUCCGCCCUUCAUCUCAUCCGCCCUUCCCCCCAUCCGCCCUUCAUCUCAUCCGCCCUUCCCCCCAUCCGCCCUUCAUCUCAUCCGCCCUUCCCCCCAUCCGCCCUUCAUCUCAUCCGCCCUUCCCCCCAUCCGCCCUUCAUCUCAUCCGCCCUUCCCCCCAUCCGCCCUUCAUCUCAUCCGCCCUUCCCCCCAUCCGCCCUUCAUCUCAUCCGCCCUUCCCCCCAUCCGCCCUUCAUCUCAUCCGCCCUUCCCCCCAUCCGCCCUUCAUCUCAUCCGCCCUUCCCCCCAUCCGCCCUUCAUCUCAUCCGCCCUUCCCCCCAUCCGCCCUUCAUCUCAUCCGCCCUUCCCCCCAUCCGCCCUUCAUCUCAUCCGCCCUUCCCCCCAUCCGCCCUUCAUCUCAUCCUCUGUUCCCCUCUUCCCCCCUUCCUCUCGUGGUGGUUCCCUCUCAUCCCCCCUUCCUCACGUCCUCCUGUCCUCUCAUCCUCCUUUCCUCUCAUCCGCCCUUCCCCACGUCCUCCCUUCCUCUCGUCCUCUCUCCCCUACUUCCCCCCCCCCCCCCCCCCCCCCCCACCGCCCUCCCUAUCAUCCACCCUUCCUCUUGUCCACCCGUCUUCUCGUCCUCCCACCCCCUCAUCCGCCCUUCCUCUCAUCCAACCUUCCUCUCGUCCACCCUUCCUAGCAUCCUCCCUUCCUCUCAUCCGCCCUUCCUCACAUCCUCCCUUCCUCUCGUCCACCCUUCCUCUCAUCCCCUCCUGCUCUCAUCCUCCCUUCGUCCCAUCCGCCCUUCCUCUUAUCCUCUCUCCUCAUCCUCCCUUUCUCUCAUCCUCCCUUCCUCUCCUCCUCCAUUCCUCUCAUCCCCCCUUCCCCACAUCCUCCUUUCCUCUCAUCCUCCCUUCCUCCCAUCCGCCCUCAUUUCCCUUCCAGUCGUUCCUCAUUUCCCUACCUGUCGCUCCUUAAAACUGAUUCCUCCAUUCCAAUCUUUCCUCCUUCAACCCUCUGUCCUUGCCUCCUCAUUCCAGCACGCAGCCACCUUUCGGCCAGCAACACCACUAACCUGCGGGCAUCUCAGCCACCCUGAUCGCCAACCAUCGCCCCGCGUGCAUGAGCCCGAACUUCCUGAGCCAGGUACGUGCUACCAUCCUCACACCUGCCUUAUCUGGCCCACCUUUCACUUAUCGUCUGGCAAGAAGAUUCCCCUCCUACCAGAGUUUCCCCGUUGCUCAAGGACAACCGCCGUUUUCUGGAACGCACUACCAAGUGUCGCUUUGUAA